UCUUGGCAGAAUGGUUAUACACCGCUACACAUCGCGGCCAAAAAGAACCAGAUGGACAUCGCCACAACUCUGCUGGAAUACGGUGCUGAUGCCAACGCAGUCACCCGGCAGGGAAUUGCUUCUGUCCAUCUUGCAGCGCAGGAAGGACAUGUCGACAUGGUGUCACUGCUCCUCAGCAGAAAUGCUAACGUGAACCUGAGCAAUAAAAAUGGCCUGACCCCACUGCACUUGGCUGCUCAGGAAGACAGAGUGAAUGUGGCUGAAGUCCUGGCAAAGCAAGGCGCCCAAGUGGAUGCCCAGACAAAGAUGGGCUACACGCCACUCCAUGUGGGCUGCCACUAUGGAAACAUCAAGAUUGUCAAUUUCCUGCUUCAGCAUUCUGCUAAAGUUAAUGCCAAAACCAAGAAUGGUUAUACACCAUUACACCAAGCCGCUCAACAGGGACACACACAUAUUAUCAACGUACUGCUUCAGAACAAUGCCUCUCCCAAUGAACUCACUGUGAAUGGGAACACUGCCCUGGCCAUCGCCCGGCGGCUUGGCUACAUCUCCGUAGUCGACACCCUCAAGGUUGUAACUGAAGAGGUCAUGACCACAACUACUGUCACAGAGAAGCACAAAAUGAAUGUUCCGGAAACAAUGAAUGAAGUUCUUGAUAUGUCUGAUGAUGAAGUUCGUAAAGCCAAUGCCCCUGAAAUGCUCAGUGAUGGCGAAUAUAUCUCAGAUGUUGAAGAAGGUGGUAGGUGCACAUGGUAUAAAAUUCCCAAGGUACAAGAAUUUACGGUGAAAAGCGAAGAUGCUAUGACAGGGGACACUGACAAAUACCUGGGGCCCCAGGAUCUUAAAGAAUUGGGAGAUGACUCUCUACCUGCUGAAGGCUACAUGGGCUUUAGUCUGGGGCCCCGAUCUGCCAGUUCGGAUAGGUCUUAUACCUUGAACAGAAGCUCCUAUGCACGGGACAGCAUGAUGAUUGAAGAACUCGUGGGACCAUCCAAAGAGCAGCACCUAACAUUCACAAGAGAAUUUGACUCAGAUUCUCUUAGACAUUACAGCUGGGCUGCAGACACGUUGGACAAUGUCAAUCUUGUCUCAAGUCCUAUUCAUUCUGGUUAUUCUCCACUUCCUCAGUAUGAUUCAAGGUUUCUGGUUAGCUUUAUGGUAGAUGCAAGAGGCGGCUCCAUGAGAGGAAGUCGUCAUCACGGCAUGAGGAUCAUCAUCCCUCCACGCAAGUGUACGGCCCCCACUCGCAUCACCUGCCGUUUGGUAAAGAGACAUAAACUGGCCAACCCACCCCCCAUGGUGGAAGGAGAGGGAUUAGCCAGUAGGCUGGUAGAAAUGGGUCCUGCGGGGGCACAAUUCUUAGGUAAACUGCAUCUUCCUACCAAUCCUCCCCCUGUAAAUGAGGGUGAGAGUUUGGUUAGCCGAAUCCUGCAGCUUGGGCCUCAAGGAACAAAAUUUCUUGGGUAGGAUCUUUAUAGACAA